UUUAAAAUGGUAAUUAGGAUGCCGUUUUAACGCUUUCACGCGUUAAUUUCACUAAAACCCCCAUUGAAUCUUGAAGCCAUUCUCUCUCCUGUCUGAGUCUCCCUCCGGCCGAUCGUCAUCACAGUCUGCGAAGAAUCAGAAAGCAGACAAGCCCUAAACAGAGUUUCCGAUGGGCAAAAUCAAGAGGAAAAGAGGUCGAAAACCCAAGAACCCAGUGCCCGAAACUCUAGAUCUUCAGACCACCAACCCCAACCCCUCCUCCUCCCCCUCCCCCUUGGACGACGUCUUCUCCGUCAGCAAUGUUGAGCUCGUCGACGCCGGCGCUCCCUCCACCCACCGCCAACGCCGCCGCGGUCGCCCCCGCAAAUUUCCCAAACUCUCCGACAAGCCCGAGAUGCCCCUCAUUUCGUCUCCAGUCCGCCGUGUCUCUCGUGCCGUCGAGAACCAUGGCGAUUUUGUGCUCUCAGUGUCGAUUCCCGGAGACGUCGCGGCGCACACGGAGGCGCCGGUGAGGUGGGAGAGCGUGGUGAGGGCGGUGCCGUCGAUGGACGCCGUGGUGAAGGUGUUUUGCGUCCAUACUGAGCCGAAUUUCUCGCUUCCUUGGCAGAGGAAGAGGCAGUACAGUUCGAGCAGCAGCGGGUUUAUCAUUGGGUGCAGGAGGGUGCUGACGAAUGCGCAUUCGGUGGAGCAUUAUACUCAGGUGAAGCUCAAGAGACGCGGGUCUGAUACGAAGUAUCUGGCCACAGUGCUCGCGAUUGGGACGGAGUGUGAUAUUGCUUUGCUAACUGUUGAUGAUGAUGAGUUCUGGGAAGGGGUUUCACCGGUGCAAUUUGGUGAGUUACCUGCUCUCCAAGAUGCAGUGACUGUUGUAGGGUAUCCAAUUGGGGGAGACACGAUUUCUGUGACAAGUGGUGUUGUGUCACGGAUAGAAAUCCUAUCAUAUGUUCAUGGGUCUACCGAGCUUCUGGGUGUGCAGAUAGAUGCUGCUAUAAACUCGGGAAAUUCUGGAGGGCCUGCAUUUAAUGAUAAGGGCAAUUGUGUGGGUAUUGCAUUUCAGUCCCUUAAGCAUGAAGAUGUUGAGAAUAUUGGUUAUGUCAUUCCAACGCCGGUCAUCAUGCACUUUAUCCAAGAUUAUGAGAAGAAUGGAGCUUAUACUGGAUUUCCAAUUCUUGGUGUUGAGUGGCAGAAGAUGGAAAAUCCUGAUUUGCGGAAUGCAAUGGGGAUGAAACAUGAUCAGAAAGGUGUUCGCAUCAGACGUGUUGACCCCACGGCACUGGAAUCUGAGGUUUUGAAACCAUCAGAUAUUAUCCUUAGCUUUGAUGGGGUUGAUAUAGCUAAUGAUGGAACAGUACCUUUUAGGCAUGGGGAGCGCAUAGGUUUCAGCUACCUCAUAUCUCAGAAAUAUACUGGGGAUACUGCAGCAAUAAAAGUACUUCGCAAUUCCGAGAUUCUUAAAUUUGACAUCAGACUUGGACAUCAGAAACGGCUCAUUCCAGCUCAUAGCAAGGGCCGAUCUCCAUCAUAUUACAUCAUUGCAGGAUUUGUUUUUACAACUGUCUCUGUCCCAUAUCUUCGUUCUGAGUAUGGAAAAGAGUAUGAAUAUGAAGCUCCGGUGAAGCUUUUGGACAAACUCUUGCAUUCACUACCAGAGUCACAAAAUGAGCAGAUUGUUGUAGUUUCGCAGGUUCUUGUGGCUGAUAUCAACAUUGGAUAUGAGGAAAUUGUUAACACUCAGGUUGUUGCUUUCAACGGUAAUCCUGUGAAGAAUCUAAAGAGUUUAGCUGGCAUGGUGGAGAGUUGUCAUGAUGAAUAUUUAAAAUUUGAUUUGGAAUACCAACAGAUAGUUGUCCUUCGGACAAAGACUGCCAAAGCAGCAACUCUAGAUAUUCUCACAAUGCACUGCAUACCUUCUGCAAUGUCUGAUGAUCUAAAGAGAUGAGUUCAGAUCUUGAGGGCCUUAAUGAGUUGGGCAAUUGCGAGCUUUUUGUGUAGUUGAUAGCUACAGGUAGACAAGAAAGUUUAGAUCAUCGGAUGGGCACUUGCAGUUGCAAGCUUUUGUGUUAAUAGUUUCUUAGAUGUGUACAUGGUGCGGGGUUGUGGAACUCCUCUCUUGGAAAUGAUUGAGCUUUCACUGUGUUGGGGCUCAAUAGGCUUGUGCCCUUUGUAAGGAUCUUUGAAAAUGUAAUAUUUAAGGGUGAUCAUGUCCUGUUUCCUGA